UGCACGGAUCAAGGGGGCAAGGCGCCGCAAAGUAUAAAUACUGUGACUUCAAUAGAGGAUCACCAGCAGGUUCCCAACUCCGCUACCAAAGGAGGGAGGAAUUGGCUGAGAAGAUAUAUUCUUUAUGUGUUUUUUACCUUCUUCCAGAGUUGGCAGCAUCAUCUCGUAUCAUUUUCAAGGGGUCGACUUUAAAACGAGCCACACCAUUGAUGUCUUAAGCUGUCGUGGAGCAAAGGGAGAGAGUGUGUGAGUGUGUGUGUGUGGUGUGUGUGGUGUUUUUUUUUUUUUUUUUUUUAAGAGGAGAGAAGGCAGUGAUGGAAGAGCUCACCGCUUUCGUGUCUAAGUCUUUCGAUCAGAAAGUAAAGGAGAAGAAGGAAGUGAUAACCUACAGGGAGGUGUUGGAGACCGGGUCGACGCGCGCAGGGAGCAGGGAGUCUUUAACCGUGGAGCCGGGGAGUCGAGAGGAGGCAGCAGUCGUCACCCGGAACGUUGCGCUUUCGCCGGGCAGGGAAACGGACAUGCUCGGCCCGGAGAGAAUCAGGGACGCGGGGAGCCCCAAACUCAUAGACGGCAACACGGACGUGAAGGAAAGGAAAGAGGACUCGAAGCCUUUAGAGGACGAGUCACAGACUAAAAUCAAACAGAGGAGAAGUCGGACUAACUUCACAUUAGAGCAGCUCAACGAGCUAGAGCGGCUCUUCGACGAGACCCACUACCCGGACGCCUUCAUGCGGGAGGAGCUUAGCCAGCGACUGGGACUGUCGGAGGCCCGAGUACAG